AUGAAGCAGGUGCUAUUCAUGUUCGAAGAUAUCAGUAAAGCAUUGAGCGCGACUAAUACAAAAUUUCAAAUGGUGAUCAAUUGUGCCGAUGAAUGGCUUGUCAACACGCACGAGGAAGGUGUACAGGGCUAUAUGCUGUAUCAUGAUACAAGAAUUACAGAUCGUCGGGUUCUCUUUGAGCACAAAGUGACCUGCCAUGAGACUUCCAAAGUGAACGGCUAUCAAUUUUUUCAUAAAUCAAAUGACAAGGAAGAGACCGUAUACUGUCCAAAGAGCUUCGAUAUGUGGGCCGGCAAGACGUUGGCUGAGAUUCAAGGCUCCUCCUUUCAAUCUUUGAGGGGGAAGCCCCUGCAAUACGUGAAGAAGUAUGCUGCGGCCAGCACAGUAUUUCACGAAACCUCCCACUCUUACAAUGUCCUCAAUGACUGGCAAACAUUUGACUACUCAAUUGUUUGGAACGGGAGGCAGGAAGCAGUUUAUGGCGCACUCCUUGCCCGAGAGUUCGCCAGGGUAUUCGAUGUUAAAAGCGAGAGAGCCCCCAUUAAAAAUGCAGAUACUUUAACAGUUUUUGCACUUGGGGUGUAUUUUGGCCAGUGCAACUGGGCUAAUCCUCAAGAUCCCGGUAAAUGCUCUGGCGACUCGCCAGAUCCCAUCUGCCCGAGAGGCGAGGAUGGCGAAAGACAUUGCGUCAGUUUUUUUGAUUGA